AUGAAGAUGAUCCUGGUGCGCAGGUUCCGCGUGCUCAUCCUGAUGGUGUUCCUGGUGGCCUGCGCGCUGCACAUCGUGCUGGACUUGCUGCCCAAGCUGGAGCGGCGCGCCGUGCGGCCCUCGGGGGAGCCCGGGUGCUCGUGCGCGCAGCCCGCGGUGGAGGCGGCUGCGCCGGGCUGGGCCAAGGCGCGGGGACGCCCGGGGGAGCCCGCUUCCGCGGCGGGCGACGGGGGCUGGCCCAACAAACACACGCUGCGUAUCCUGCAGGACUUUAGCUCCGACCCUUCCUCCAACCUCACGUCCCACUCGCUGGAGAAACUGCCGGCCGCGGCCGACCCGGCCGAAGGCGCCUUGCAGGGGCAGGAUCCCGGCCGGCCCCGGCCCCGCGAUGCCGCGCACCGGCCACUGCUCCGAGACCCCGGGCCGCGCCGGUCGGUGCCGCCCCCUGGCCCGAGCGGGGACAGCUCUCUCCUGGCGAAGCUGUUCGCACACCCGCUCUACCAGGUGUCCGUUCCACCGCUCACCGAGGACGACGUCCUCUUCAAUGUGAACAGUGACAUCAGGUUCAACCCCAAGGCGGCCGCUGAGAAUCCUGACUGGCCACGUGAAGGCACUGAAAAUGAAGAAUUCUUGCCCACGGGGGAGGCGGCAGUGGACUCCUACCCCAACUGGCUUAAGUUCCACAUCGGCAUUAACCGGUACGAGCUCUACUCCAGACACAACCCUGCGAUCGAAGCCCUGCUGCGCGACCUGAGUGCUCAGAAGAUAACCAGUGUCGCCAUGAAGUCGGGGGGCACGCAGCUCAAGCUCAUCAUGACGUUCCAGAAUUAUGGGCAAGCGCUGUUCAAACCCAUGAAGCAAACAAGGGAGCAGGAAACACCACCUGACUUCUUUUAUUUCUCUGACUAUGAGAGGCACAAUGCAGAGAUCGCUGCCUUCCACCUGGACAGGAUCCUAGAUUUCCGCCGGGUGCCCCCCGUGGCUGGCAGGAUGGUCAACAUGACCAAGGAAAUCCGGGAUGUGACAAGAGACAAGAAGCUGUGGAGGACCUUCUUCAUUUCCCCAGCCAACAACAUCUGCUUCUAUGGCGAGUGUUCCUACUACUGCUCCACCGAGCACGCCCUGUGCGGGAAGCCGGACCAGAUAGAGGGCUCGCUGGCGGCCUUCCUGCCAGACCUGUCCCUGGCCAAGAGGAAGACAUGGAGGAAUCCCUGGCGGCGCUCAUACCACAAGCGCAAGAAGGCAGAGUGGGAAGUGGACCCUGACUACUGUGAGGAGGUGAAGCAGACACCCCCCUAUGACAGCAGCCACCGCGUCCUGGACAUCAUGGACAUGACCAUUUUUGACUUCCUCAUGGGGAACAUGGACCGCCAUCACUAUGAGACUUUUGAGAAGUUUGGCAACGAGACGUUUAUCAUUCACUUAGACAACGGAAGAGGGUUUGGAAAAUAUUCCCAUGACGAGCUGUCCAUUCUGGUGCCUUUACAGCAGUGCUGCAGGAUCAGGAAGUCCACCUACCUGCGGCUGCAGCUUCUGGCCAAGGAGGAGUACAGGCUGAGUCUGCUGAUGGCCGAGUCCCUGCGCAAGGACCGAGUGGCCCCCAUCCUGUACAGGCCGCACCUGGAGGCCCUGGACCGGCGGCUGCGCAUCGUGCUGCAGGCCAUCAGGGACUGCGUGGAGAAGGACGGGCCCCACAGCGUGGUGGAGGAUGACCUGGACCCCGAGCACAGAGCCCCCCCCGGCAGGUAGUGACCGAGAGCCGCCAGCCUGCCGUGGAGGAGGGACACGCGCAUCUGCACCGCGAAUUUGGUGACUUCAGGAACAGACAGGCCACUCCGGGAAUUGGGGAACCACGGGAACGUGGGGUCCUUCGGCAGUGGGUCUGACAAGACACGUUGUAUUCGCUUUCAAGACCAGAGAAGGUUGGGGAGGGGGCGCUCUGUGCUCACGGACGAGGCGGCCUGGCGGCGGGGGCGACCCACCCUUUUUCUAUGGAAAGGAAGCCUUUAUUUACUAUUUUGUAUUUAUCCAUGGUGUCUAUGUACAUAAAUAGUGACACCUAUGCAGACCCCAGACCACCUACCAAAUGCACACAAGAGGGCCGCGCCCACUGGGGCCGGGCUCUCCCCCCAGGUGCACUCACUCUGGACCUAACUUGAAACAAGCCCCCAUCUCUCCCUCCUGGGGCCCGAGCCCCAUGGCUGAGUCCCGUCUCAGUGCAGAAGGCACCCGGUGUCAUCAUGGGCUGGUGGACGGACAGACUCCCAGUUUCAGAGUGACGCCGAUGACCACGUCUUCCAUUUCUCAGAGCCGCCCAGCAGCACCUGGACUUUUCUCGGCGGCUGAGGAUGCUGCUCAUCUUCUGACUCUGCUUUGAUAGUUGGUGUAAAUACGUCACAUGGGCUCCUCUGUGGGCCUCGGCAACAAGCUGAAUUUUGCAGCAUUUUUGUGGAAUAGUUUGCAAUGUGGUAAAAGUGCAAUAAAACUAGAGCAAAUGUA